AUGGCAUUCCACGAUACCGAAGGCGAUGGGUCCUCCUAUCCAGGCCUUCUCCUUUUGUCAUCUCUCUUAAUAUCCACGUACGUAAUUGUCACUGGUAUCUAUCGCCUCUAUUUCCAUCCACUCGCAGCCUUCCCUGGACCGUUCUGGGCUCGGGUAACUGUAUUCCCGUCAUGGUGGCAUACUCGCACUGGCGACCGACACAUUUGGUUGUAUCAAUUGCAGGAGAAGUACGGUCCUGAGUUUCGUUAUCGUCCGGACGGUGUUGUACUCAACACUCCUGCUGCUUUCAAGAAGAUCUUCGGACCGAAAGGAAAUGUCAAGAAGGCUGUCUACUACGAAGUGUGGCCACGCAAUGAGCACACAAUUAAUACGUGGAGCAGCACCACCGUUAGUGUCCAUGCACGCAAGCGUCGUGUGUUGAACUAUGCGUUCUCGGAAGCAGCGUUGCGAGAUGCUGAGGUCUUCCUUCACCAGAACAUUGAUCGAUGGCUAGAGCUACUGGGCCAACAAGCACCCAAAGAUGGCGAGUGGACCACGUCAGUCAACAUGUGUGACUGGAUGAACUGGCUUGUGUUCGAUAUCCUUGGUGACUUGUGCUUCGGUAAAAAUUUCAACAUGAAGGAGCCAGGAAGCGACCUGCGGCAUAUCCCAGAGGUUAUGGUCUCAUUUUUGGAGCUUCUGCAUCCAGUUGCAUUCGGCCCGUUAGCCAACGCGUGGGUAUGGCUCAAGCCUCGCGGUCUUAACAAGCUAAUCGAACUCGCCUCACCACCAGUAGUCGUAAACUGGCAGAAUUUUGUUGGGCAGUGCCUCGAAAACCGAGUCAGGGAUGAACAGGAAUUGGAGAAGAACCCCAAGCCCGAUGGUGAGAUUCGAAGGGACUUCUUCCACUGGCUGUUCAAAGCUGUCGAUCCGGAGACCGGCGAGCGCGGCUACGAUCAAAAUGAGCUCUUCGCGGAGUGCGAGUUGCUGACCAUAGCUGGUUCUGAUACGACGUCCGUUGUACUCUCCGCGGCCUUCUUCUACCUCUCUCGCCGACCGGAUGUACAAGCUAAGAUUGCCCAAGAAAUUAGAUCGAUCUUCUCAAGCUACGAUGAGAUCACAUCUGGCAGCAAGAUUAUGUCCUGCAAGUACCUCACAGCGUUCCUCCAGGAAGCUAUGCGCAUGACACCACCAGUCGCAGCCGAGCCAAGCCGUGAGGUACUCCUUGGUGGAACAACAGUCGGUGAUCACUACUUUCCGGCUGGUCUCCAUUUGAGCACUGGUCUUUACUGUCUCAGCUACAACUCCAACGUCUACCCGGAGCCUUUCAAAUUCCGCCCUGAGCGCUGGAUCGUAGACGAGACUGGAAAGGAGGGCUCCUCAGCCGAGAGCGUUAGACUGGCAGAGGAUGGAUUCUGUGCUUUCUCCUAUGGAACCCGAGGCUGUGUCGGGAAGAACCUUGCCUGGCUCGAGAUGCGUCUUGUUAUUGCCAAGACACUCUGGAUGUAUGACAUUCAGGCCGAUCCAAAGAGCAGACUUGGUGGGGGCGAUCGGCACGGAAAGCCUGGACGACAGACUGAGGAUCAGUACCAGAUUUACGAUAUUUUCGUGUCCGGGAGGAAGGGGCCGAUGCUGCAGAUGCGAAGGAGGCAGUGA